UGCCCUCAACUCCCCGGGGUAUUUUUAGCCCUGGUGAUGCAGCCCAUCUGAUAUCCGCCCAGGCAGCCACAGAUCACAACGCGAGUGCGAACACACGCGAACAAAGAGGGAGAGAGGAAGCGAAUGCAAUGACACUGGAGGUGGACCUCGUGCUUUGUGCACUGCUGGCGGUGAGCUCUUCGCGGGGAGAAGCCUCAGUCGGUCAUCCAGCCUCCGUCGCCCCAACACUCUCCUCCACGCCCGACCGGCCCUCCUCCGCCUCCGCCUCCUCCACUCUACCAUCCAGUCCUCCAAACCAGACCUCCGUGCUCCAGCCCAGGACGCGGGCGGGGCCCCGGGGGGCCACACCGCCCCCCUCCUUCACCCCUCCCCAAUCCGCCUCCCCCGCACGCCGCCCGUCUGGCCCGCUCCACCCAGACCCUCCGGCGGAGCUCAACGUGGGCGACGAUGCCUUCCAGGGUCCGGGACCCAGCUCCCUCCUGGACCCUCUGCUGGCGGGGCUGGUGUCGGUGUGCGUGGCGACCGCCGCCGUCACCUCCGUGGUGCUCUGCCUCCGCUUCCGGCAGCAGGCCGGGCGCCCAGAGUUCCAGCGGCUGCAGGACGUGCCCAUGGAUGACCUGAUGGAGGACGCACCCCUCUCCAGUUACACAUAUUAACCCAAGCAUCCUAUUGGUCACUUCUCCCGACGACGGUAUGACGAAGCAUCCGAUGCGUCGCUUCUCCUUAAAGGACGGAAGUACCAGAUAGCAAAGCCUGGCAAAGCAUGGGCAAAGCCCUUGAGUGGACGGGAUGCCCAACGCGUGGAAUAGUUUCCGUCCUAGUCAACCACUUCGACAUUCCUUUGAGGAGAUUGUAUUGUGCCUUUUUUUCUUAAAAAACAAAAACAAACCCUGACCGAAACAUUUCAUGGAGAUUUAGAUUGCAAUUUAGUCGUUAGAAAUAAAAAUAUCCGUUGACUUUUCGGUUUCUAAGAUCUAGAUCGAGGUGAGUGCGACAUAGCCCCCAACUUGAAUCUGCCCUGAUUGAUCGGGCGGCACCCCCUGGCGGAGAUGCAGAGUGUUGCAUCAUUCCUUUGGAUGGAUACAUUUCUGCUGCAUAUCUAAGUCGGUAGAUAUAAUAUACGGUUGAUAAAGAAGAUACAAUUAGUCCCACUAACAGAAUGUAAUUGGAUUAGUGUUCAGGAAAUAUUAGUCGCCUACCGCUUCAAGAGUAUUAACAUGUUAUAGCCAAUUGACCAAAGAUUACUGCUCCUUGAACAAACAGCUUUUUUGAAACAGGCCUGGUUACACAGAGACCUGGGACUGUUUAAAGUCCAGUUUAGUAACUACUAGUUUGUUUCAAAGGAGCAGUUUACUAGAUCACCAAUUUGUAAUUAAUGUCCUUAAUUGAUUACAAAGCUCACUCCUUUUUUUUCAUCUCAUGGUUCAAAUUCAAACGGGUUCACCUUUACUUUAAUUGAUGGUUAAUUUAAUUAAAACACGUUUUCUCUAGACCUGCGUAUUGGUGGUGCAACUGAAUGAGGUAAACUGGUAAUUUGAAACUUACUAGUGGUUACCAAGGGACUUAAAUUAUUCUGAGGCAUAGCAGGUGUUAGCCAGUCCAGAUACAUAACUGGAUCCAUUGCGUUUAAUAUUGAUGUUGGACGAUGUUUAAGAAGCCUUGCAAUUGGCCAAUUGACCAGGGGAAUGUAAAUAUGCUUUUCAAUUCAUGGAAACAGGAUAGGCCCUAUUAAUAUUUAUGUUAUAUUCCACUAUUCAAUGUAUCCUGAAGGUGUUUCUUAUUCUUAUUCUUUCUUAUUGUUUAUGACUUAUAGUUUAUGUGGGCAGAUAAAAGUAGUCUUGAAAUACAAACACAAAACUGGUUUAUUCUUAAUACUGCUGACUCAUAUGUAGGUUAAUUUUUAUUCAUACCAUAAAAGUGUACUGCAGUAUACUGAUAAAGACCAAGAUGUUCUAUGUUUAAAAGAAUUAGAAGCAUCUAGGGAUUUUUUCAAGUGUAAUGUAAGAUGAAAAGAUUUUCAGCCUAUAAUAAUUGUAACUAUUUCAAUAAUAAUUGUUUUACAUAUAUAUAUUUUUGUUGUUGUAUGCAUUGGAAUAUUUUGAAUAAAGGUUAGAUUUAAAGCCUAAAAUAGUCAAGUGCUAAAAAGGAAGUUUCCCUUGCAGCGGAUUGUAAACGUUUAAACAUUAACAGAAGGUUUUUUUGAUGAUAAAUGAAUGACUUCGUACUUUGCGUUUGUUUUAUUAAGUCUGUUAAUGAAACCUGUUUUGCAAACGUC